AGGAGCAGGCGGCCAUGUUGUAGCUGCAGAGAGCAGUAGUGUCGUCGGAGGGAAACAAAUCAGAGGACUCGCAGAGAAGUCGGUUGUGUUGAUCGUUCGGUUCGGAGGAACCGGCUAUUUUCUUCUGUGUUCCAACUGCCGAACUCCAGGAGACACCAUGAGCGGCGGGACGCCUUAUCUCGGCAGCAAAAUCAGCCUGAUUUCCAAGGCCGAAAUCCGCUAUGAAGGAAUCUUGUACACGAUCGACACCGAGAACUCCACCGUGGCUCUGGCUAAAGUCCGGUCCUUCGGAACCGAGGACCGCCCGACGGACAGGCCCAUUCCCCCUCGAGACGACAUCUUCGAGUACAUCAUCUUCAGAGGCAGCGACAUCAAGGACCUGACGGUGUGCGAGCCGCCCAAACCCACCUGCUCUCUGCCCCAGGACCCGGCCAUCGUCCAGUCCUCCAUGAGCUCCAGCUCCUCAUCAGCUGUGAGCUCGGCACCAACUCCAUUUCAGUCUGCCGGGUCCUACGGUCUUUUCAACAGAGCUCCAGCUCCGGCCUACAACCAGUUCAGCACCAGUCCGCUAGUCUCCCCGCAGUUUGGACCUGUCGGUGUUGGCCGCAGCAGUCCCAGUCUGGACCCUCUGAGGAAAAGUCCCACCCUGGAUCAAGUGAUCCAGACUGGACCAUCGGCCACAACGUCUUCCACCACUGCUCCAGCCCCUGGACUCGGCCGUAGGAGCCCCGCCCACGGGCGUACGGCGCCAGCUGGCCCGGGUCAGAGCAGCCAGAAGGUUCAGCACCCAGAUGGCGUUGACAUUAGGAGGGGAACAGACGUCCAGAAAAGCCAGAAACCGGAGUGCGAGGCGACGAGAGGCGAAGGCAGAGAAUCCAGUAAACGUUCUUCAGCUGUGGGCGUACCAGCCAACCGGCGCGGCCGAGGAGGUGGCCACCGCGGCAGGGGGCGCUUUAAUGUACGCCGAGAUGGACCCAUGAAGUUUGAGAAGGACUUCGACUUCGAGAGCGCCAACGCUCAGUUCAACAAGGAGGAGAUCGACCGGGAGUUCCAGAGCAAGCUGAAGCUGAAAGACGAGAAGGCGGAGAAGGCGUUGAACGGAGAGGACAAAGGCGACUCUGGCGUAGAAACUCAGAACAGCGAAGGCAACGCAGACGACGAGUGCGACCCGCUGGGGCCCAACUGCUACUACGACAAGUCCAAGUCCUUCUUCGACAAUAUCUCCUGUGACGACUCCAGGAAAGCAAAUGAGAAGUCUGGAGGUUCAGGUUUCCCACGAGAGCGGAGGCAGACCUGGGCCGAGGAGAGGAGGAUGAACGCUGAGACAUUCGGCAUCCCUCUGCGUCAGAGCCGAGGCCGCGGAGGUUUCCGAGGCCGCGGGGGGAUGGGCUUCCGUGGGGGGCGGGGUCGUCCAGCUAGCCGAGGAUCCUUCGGGCCCCCACAGGGAGGAGGCGGCUUCAGGGGAGGAUACAGAGGAAACCAGGCUGGGCGGGAGUUUGCUGACCUACCUUACAGGAAGGACAACAAAGUGUCUGCGUAGUCAGGACGAAGAUCUCCGGACACGUGGAGAAAGUUCUGCUUUCUAUUUUGUGACUAAAAUAAUGAAGAUUGUUAUUAGUUGUAUAUUUGUCACCAGCACUGAGCUCCACCGCUUGGAUGCAGCUUAACUUUCCAUAUCUGUCAGCGACUGAGACGACGACGACGAUGAUGAUGAUGAUGCAGUUUGUCUGAGAAACUUGACUAGAAGAUUCCAGGAGGCUGAACUGUACUGAUGUUCACUGACGUAGCUUUAUCGGGGUGGGGGUGGUGUCGCUUUCUAACACCUGUUUUCAUCCCGUCACAUGGCCGGCCCGCUCGAUGUCCUUCCUCCUCAUCCUCACUCCCAGUUCUUGUGAUUCCGACCCGACGUCUUCCUCUUCCAGCUGCAGUUGUCCGUGUCGAAGGUUUGAUGGCGUUUCUGCACAUCGAUUCUGACGUUCGUUUCCGGCGGCGACCGUCAGUUUUCUGCUCCUCGUGGUCAUUAUGGCUCACACGCAAAGGUCAAAGGUCACAUUUGUCCUUUAAAGUUUUCAUUAACCAGUUAUGGAAGACCCGGAGAGCUGGGAUUAAAGAUGUCCGACGGGGACCACGAGUCAUUCAGGGGGAGGAAACAUCUCAGACUAACUCGGCUCACAGAGAUGUAUCUGUAUUUAGUAAGGAACAUUUAAAUCAGACAUUUUUGAGGAAAAUGUUGUAGUGUUUGUUGUAAUAUUUGCUUCUGGAAAACAAGCUUAAUACUAAACACAUCUACAUUUUGUAAUUUGGUCCAAAAUUUAAAAAUGAAAAAUAUUUGUGGGGCAAAAAACCUUCUGCAUUAACAAGACGAUUUAAAAAAUCUUCAGAUUUUCUGAAUUAAAGAGAAAUUUACAGAAGAAAAUGGACCGGACGUAAAAACCAGUUGUAAUCCAGUCUGAUCCUGCAGAACGAGACCUCCAGCUCUGGAGCCAGAAAUCACCACUAAAUUUGUUUUUCAACAUGGUGGGGGUCAUCAUUAUCUGGGAAAAAAACUCAUUUAGUUUCUUUCUUUGUCUUUAUUAUCGUGUCAUUAAUCAGGAGAAAAGCCUGGAGUACGCGUUUUCACAAGAAAAAAUGUUGGACGACUGCGUAUAAACAUGAACCGCUGAAAACGUCUAAAUGAGUUUAAAAUGAAUCUGAGUUUUUUUUUUUUAAUUAUGACCUGCAGACAGAAUCUCUUUCAGAUGAAGGAGAUCAGCCUGAAACUGCAGCACAUUUAAAGUUCCCCGUCGGACUCUGAAAUAUUUCAGAGUUGGAAAUUUUCAACAAAAUUCCAGACGCUAGUAAAUCAUGCCUCUUCGGGUCUUCCAUACUUCAUCUGUGGGCGGUCUUCUGGAAACGGUAUUCAUCCUGAUCCGUUUUAGUCCUCAUAAUCCACUAACGUCCCGCAGCGCUGCACGCCGGCUGGCAGGAAGUGAUGUCAUAUAUAUCUAGAAAUGAUUUAAGAAGCUGUCAGCUGUAGAAACGUAGAUGAGCAAAUCUCCUGUGGCUGAGAAGGAAUUGGGUCCGAGUUCUGAUGGUGGCUCAUGUUUGGUUCUGAGUUUCCUGUGCUGAGGUUCUGUUCAGCUAACACCCUCUCACCCACCUCCCUCCCGACUGGAUUCAGGCAGGUUGUUCCUCAGACCUGGUCCAAACUUGACCCACAAACCCCACCCAAUCCCCGUUUGAAUUUCAGGUUUGACCCGGGUCUGGUUAGCUUUCUGUUUUUUAACAACAUCUGCUUCCAGAAAAACAAUCAUGAUCCGACACGCAGAACCACCUUUAACCUGCGCUCAGGAACCAGACGACCCGCCUUAAUGGCAGCAUCUGACCCCCCCUCCCCCAUCCCAGGUUAUAGUUCACUAACCAAACCGCAAAUGUAAGGUCCAGUGUUGCACGCCACGAGUCCAACAGAACCACUUCUGUCCCUGCCUGAUACAGAAGCAGCUUCUUCACUUUGAGGCACUAAAAUAGUUGAAGUUUUAGGCGUGUGCGUGGCGAGCAGACACGUGAAGUGUGUACUGUUGCGGCGCCUCGAUACGAUCAGGACCCAGAAACAAAGUGAGCUUUUAAAUGAUGCAUUGUAAAAAAUAAAAACACUAAAUUAA